GUACACACGUCUUUUUUAAGAUUAAAAAGGACAGUUGUUUAUUAAUUAAGCAUAAGAUAUUUUUUCUCAUACACAGUGAUUGAUAAAUAUUUAAACAUUACGGAGAAUAUCUAAAAGUUAUAUGAACGUUUUGAAUUUUUAUGUAGUAAUAGAGUUUGUCCAUGCUUCCGCAAAUGCACACGUUGGCAGAGCCCAGAGACAACAAAGAUAUUUUUCCACCCCACGGAAAUCUUCACAAGUCAUCGUACCAGAGACUCGGUCCGGAAGCUGGUGCUACCGGAAUAUCGGAAACCCGAGCUAUGCUGUCGCAAAUAGAACUGAAGCAUUUAUACAAUCCGAUUUAUCCGCAACGAACGUUUCUCAAUAUGAAGGCGCUUGCAUCAGAGGUGACUGAAGAGAAAAAACCUUCAACCGUUACAGAAGCACUUUAUGAUCCUGAAAUGGCGGAUUCUAUGGAUUACAGGACAACGAAGGAAAUUGAUUACCGGUUACCCUAUCCCAUAAAGCGAAAACCUCCGCCACCUCCGCCGCCGCCAGUGCCAUGGCUUUUGAAUCGGCGAAUGAUCGGUUAUAGUCUUGACGAGUUAGAAAAGCGGGAUGGUUUUUAUACUUUCUUGGACGACAAUAUGGAAGUCCACCGAAGGAUAGCGGACUUAAAAUCGAGAAGGGAUACACUUUACGAUUUAACGACUGCGAAAAGGUCUCCGUGA